AUGGGUACACGCGCCGAACCACCGCCAAAAAGCGGUUUCCCGCUGACUGCCGCUCAACCGGCCUUCGGCUCGCUAACUGAAAAUUUCCCCGCAGCACCAGCUUGCUGCCUCAUUAUCAACGGCAGUCCAGCACCAUGUCUACACGGUACACCUGAAGAUCUUGUGAAGCUCGAUGACUUCCAGAACAUCUUCUCGCUGAAAGGGCAGGUUGCAGUUAUCUCUGGCGGGUCGCGCGGAUUAGGUCUUCACACAGCCAGCGGCUUUCUCCAAGCAGGGUGCUCCCGCGUUUACAUAGUUGCCCGCAACGAGGGCCCUUUGAACGAUGCCGCGAAAGUCCUCAAUGCCCUCCCUAACAAAGGCCCCGACGCCCGGGCAGUCGCGAUCGUUGCAGAUAUAUCAAGUCAAGCAGGAUGCACCCAGAUGGCCGCUGAAAUUAGCAAAACCACGGAUCAUGUCGACAUUUUGGUUGCCAACGCCGGUGCAACUUUCAUUGGCCACAUGGACGAUUACAAGGAAGAUGAUUUCGACCGGGUCAUGAAAAUAAACGUCAGCAGCAUCUUUUUCUCAGCUCAAAAAUUAUCUCCGUUACUUCAGGCUGGGGGCACAGUCCAGGAUCCAUCUCGGAUUAUCAUGGUGUCUUCAGUGGCGGGCGUCGUUGUUGGGGACAUGGCAUACGCGUACGCCGCUUCCAAGGCAGCUGUAAUUCAUCUGAUGAAGAACCUGGCCGUGGAACCUGGACCGAAACAUAUCACGGUGAACGUAGUUGCACCCGGGAUGGUACCAAGCCAAAUGAGUGCGCCGCUGAUGAAUCGGCAUGGUGGUAUUGAAAGCGUCGCAAAACAGGUGCCGGAACAGAAGCUAGGCAGUCCCGAGGACGUCGCCGGUGUGAUGGUUUUCCUCUCUUCAAGGGCAAGCAAGCACAUCAUCAAUGGGGCGACCAUUGUGUUAGAUGGUGGAAGCUACUUGAUCGCUGGCGCUGUGGUUAACUCCGCGGCCAUCAACCUUGGGAUGUACAUCGCUGGUCGUGUGUUGAUGGGCAAUGGCAUCUCUAUGGAGCUGACGAUUGCACCGACCCUCCUGCAAGAAAUUGCGCAUCCUCGCUAUCGAGCCCAGAUUGGCAGCAUGUAUACCUGUAUUUAUUAUAUUUCUGCCGUGGAAUCAGCCGGCGUUUGUCUCGGCACCAGACAUAUUGAAGGAAAGGCUGCAUGGAGAAUCCCUUGCUACUUGCAGCUUGUUGGGCCAGGCGUGACUCUAGUGAUGAUCUUCACUAUGCCCGAGUCUCCCAGAUGGCUUGUCAGACACGGCGCUUCCGAUGAAGCUUUACAAAUUCCCGGAAAGUACCACGCAAAUGGCGACAUCAACGACCCCCUUGUUCGGCUCGAAUACGAAGAGAUAAUGGAAAAUCUGCGGGUUGAUGAGGUCAACUCUGAGACCAAAUACACCGACUAUUUCCUGCCAAACAACCGCCCUCGUCUUUUCUUGCUUGUGGUUAUCGCAAUCGGGACGGACUGGGUUGGAAAUGGCAUCAUAUCGUACUAUUUGUCGCCUAUCCUGAGCACGAUUGACAUUCGGUCCACGGAGCAACAAGCGGGACUCAAUUUGGGCUUACAGAUUUGGAACCUAAUACUCUCCACCUCAGCAGCACUUUCUGUUGAUCGCGUCGGACGCAGGCCUCACGUCUACAAAUACGCCGAGACCUGUAUUCAGAGCUGCCGCAACUACAUCGAAACCGCUCUACAGGUCUUGACUAAACGCACCCCAUACGUGUGGGCCAUAUGCCAAGCGUAA